AUGAGCUUAAACAUCGUAGUGGUCAGUCAGCCGAGCGUGUACCUGGCCAAGAUGAGGUUUGCUCAUGAGCCUCUACAGGAUCGUAUAAAUGAAUUGAGACAGUUCAGGAAGCAACAUGAGCAAUUUGUCCAGACGUUGGAUAAGGUAUUCGUGGUAGUAUCCGGUAAGGAUGGAGGGACAGUCUCUGCUGCUGCAACUGCUACGAAGAAUACAGUAGUGGCUGCUUAUGAUAAGGUCUUGGUUGUUGAUGUUGUGGAUACUACACCUACUGGUAUUAAUGCUUGGGAACGUGCUAAACAGGAGUAUGCUGAUCUCAUCAACAGGGCCGAGAGCUUGAUCAUAGCUAACAUGAGGGAUACCCUUGGCAAUGCUGCUACUACCAAGGAUAUGUUCCGGGCUUUCGCCAAGUUCAACCCUCUCUUCUUCAGACUCCGUAUUAGGAGUGCUGUAUUGGAAUAUCAGAACUCACUAUUGAGUAAGGUUAAAGUGGACAUAUUUGAUCUACAGGAGGCAUUCAAGAAGGGCUUUGAGGGAUCUGGUACCGAGACCAUGCUCCUUCAGAGAGGGAUACCUGCUCUAAGUGCUAAGAUUAUGUGGGCUAAGCAGAUCAGUCGAAGGCUUACUACACUCAUCAACCAAGUGGCUUCAGUUCUAGGCCCUACUUGGGAUAAGCAUAUCGAUGGUCAGAGGAUCAAAGAGGAGUGUGACUUCUUUGCCAAGAAGCUAGACACCAGUCGUCUAUUCGAGAGCUGGGUUAAGCAAGCUAGAAGUGUAUCUAUAGACUGGGGUGCCCGAGUAUUGGCCAUUCAUAAGGCUAGGAAUGGAUCAUUAGCUCUACACAUGAACUUUGAUGCUGAUAUCCUUGAUCUCUGCCAGAAAUUGCUUACUUGGAGAGCCUACAUUUCCAGAUACCAUUUGCUGUGA